AUGAAUAAAGUAGAUAAAGAAGAGGAAUCUUUGAGAGAUGACCUUAAAAAGCUCUUUUAACUCUUGAAAUCUGAAAAACCAUAAGGAAGCGGUAAUAAUGAUGAAAUUGAAAAAUCUACAUUGAUGGCAUUAAUGCUUUAUUUGGAUCUUUAAAAAAAUGAACCUGAAUUUUUUGAUUACGUGAAAGAUAAAUUAAACUCUAAUACACCAAUUAAUGAAAAAACAUUCAUAGACAUACUGUUGAAACCAGAAAUAAGCUUCUAAAACUUAUAAACUGAAAAGAUGGCUUCAUAUUUUAAGAUAUUUGAUACUGAAAAGAAAGGCUCAUUUUCUUGUGAAGAUUUUAUGAAAUUAUACAGAGAAUCACCAGAAUAUAAAAAUAUGGAACCAAGUUAAAGAAGUGAUGUUGAGAAAUAAAUAUAGGAAAGCUUCGAUAUAAUGAAGAAAGAUAGCAGAAAUGAAAUUACUCCAAUUGAAUUUUAUAACAUAAUAAAUUUUAACCAAUGA